CCUAAAAUAUUUGUUUGGCGCAGAAACAAGAAAAGCCAUUGCUUCUCGUUCGGUUUCUGACAAUCCAAAAGAUGGGAAAGAGCAAGAAAACGAUGGUUGGUGGCGAUAGCCAACACUCACCUUCCACCAUUUUUGUCAACAACUUACCUUAUUCUUUCACUAAUGCUCAGUUGGAGGAGACGUUCAGUGAAGUUGGACCAAUUAGGCGGUGCUUUAUGGUUACGAAUAAAGGUUCAAGUGAGCACCGAGGUUUUGGAUUUGUCCAAUUUGCAUCUGUAGACGAUGCUAACCGUUCCAUCGAGCUAAAGAAUGGAUCAGUGGUUGGAGGAAGGAAAAUUGGUGUUAAACAGGCUAUGCAGCGUGCGCCUCGUGAACAGCGGCAAUUGAAGGGGGAUCAAGAAAGCACUGCAAAAGCAAAAGACGGCAAGGAUGGUCCUCCUACUGAAGCAGUUGAGGACAAACAAGCUUCAAACCUGGAGGGAACAGGAAGUACUGCACAAGCGAAAGACAGCAAAGAUGGUCCUUCAACUGAAGCGGCUGAGCACAAGCAAGCUUCAAAUCCUCAGGGAACAGAGAAUUCAGGGAAAUCCACUAGAAAAAAAAAGGCUACAUUGCUUUGCAAUGGUGCAGCUGAUGAAGGAAAUUAUUCAGGAAAGCAGAGGGUCGCCAGGACAGUUAUAAUAGGAGGUAUUGUAAAUGCGAAUAUGGCAAAAGAGGCUCACCAGCUUGCGGCGGAGUGUGGCACCGUAUGUUCUGUUACUUACCCUCUUCCAAAAGAAGAGAUUGAAAAUCAUGGGCUAGCACACGAUGGUUGUAAAAUGGAUGCUUCAUCUGUACUUUUCACUAGUGUCAAAUCAGCUCAAGCUUGUGUUGCAUCAUUACACCAAAAGGAAGUACAUGGAGCAACACUUUGGGCACGCCAACUUGGUGGAGAGGGCUCAAAGACUCAAAGGUGGAAACUUAUAGUGAGGAAUCUUCCUUUUAAGGCCAAAGUGAAUGAGAUAAAAGAUUUGUUUUCAAAAGUUGGCUUCGUGUGGGAUGUGUUUAUCCCUAAGAAUUUUGAGACAGGGUUAUCAAAGGGAUUUGCAUUUGUCAAAUUUACGUCGAAGCAGGAUGCAGAGAAUGCUAUGAGGACAUUUAAUGGGAAAACAAUGAGUAAACGAACUAUUGCUGUUGAUUGGGCCAUUUCAAAAAAGGUUUAUGCAUCUGGUCAAUCUUCAGCAACUGCAAAAGAUGAACAGAGUGCAAAAGAUGAUAGUGGUAGUGAUACGGAGGAUGAAGACAUUGACAUUAAUGGAAAAUCUCAGCAAGUUGAAGGUGACGAUGAUGACUCUGACCUUUUAGAAGAGGAUAAUCAGACCGAAGUUAACUUUGAUGAGGAAGCAGACAUUGCGAAAAAAAUUCUUCAGAACUUCAUUUCUCCAACUUCAUUAGGGCCAGCUACUUCUGCAAAUGAUAUUUCAAGCCCCCAAAAGAAGGUAAAGGAAGUUGAAACUAUUCUCCCCCUGGAUGAACCGCUGGAUGCAUCUACUCCGAAUAAAGCACUAGACGACAUUCUGGGUAAGGGCAAAGAGAUUAAAGCUAUGCAGGGUGAGGGAGCAGAUGAUCUGCAGGGGACAGUUUUCAUUAGCAACCUUCCUUUUGAUGUUGAUUAUGGAGAAGUCAAACAACGGUUUUCAGCUUUUGGUGAAGUGGAGUACUUUGCUCCAGUUCUUGAACAAGUCACAAAACGACCAAGGGGUACUGGAUUUCUCAAAUUUAAAACAGCAGCAUCUGCUGAAGCUGCUAUUUCUGCUGCCAGUGUUGCGGAUGGUUUAGGUGUCUUUCUAAGGGGUCGGCAAUUAAAGAUUUUAAAGGCUUUGGACAAGAAAGCUGCUCAUGAUAAGGAGUUGCAGAAGACCAAAAAGGAGGAUAAUGACCAUCGCAACCUUUACCUGGCAAAGGAGGGUCUUAUUUUGGAGGGCACCCCAGCUGCUGAAGGUGUUUCAGUGAGUGAUAUGUCAAAGCGCAAGGGGCUGCAAGAAAAGAAGAUUAUCAAGCUGAAGUCCCCAAAUUUCCAUGUGUCAAGGACACGGCUGAUUAUGUACAAUAUUCCCAAGUCCAUGACUGAAAAACAGCUGAGGACACUUUGCAUUGAUGCAGUUACUUCUCGUGCUACUAAGCAAAAGCCUGUUAUCCGGCAGAUAAAGUUUUUGAAGGACGUGAAAAAAGGACAAGUAGUGGCAAAGAAUCAUUCUCGUGGAGUAGCUUUUCUUGAGUUCUCAGAGCAUGAACAUGCACUUGUGGCUUUGAGAGUUCUUAACAACAAUCCUGAGACUUUUGGUCCCGAGUAUCGUCCAAUAGUGGAGUUUGCUCUUGAUAAUAUCCAAACAAUGAAGCUUCGGCAGAAACUUCAGCAGCAAGGUUUUAACAGGAACAAAGAAGACUGGCAGAAGAAUGACAACACAAAUGAACGGGAUCCCCACGAUAAACAGCCAAGAAAACGCAAGGCCACAGGAGAUGCAUUAUCAGUCUCAGGGAAUAGAGAUGAAGUGAAAAACAAGCGUGUCAGAGGUGCCACUUCGAGGGAAGGCAACGUGUCAUCAGUUUCAGGUAGUAAAGAUGGAGAUCAACCGAAACACAAAGGUGUUAAAGGAGUUGCCGUCUCUGCAGAAGAAAGAGAUGAGAAGAAGAACAAGAAGAAGGAAGGUAAAAAGCUAGGAGGCGCAAAACAGAAGCUAAAAGAUAAUCAAGAAGGAAAAAAGCAUAGUGGCUUUGGUAGGGAAAGUUCAGAUAAUGCUUCCCUAAAGGUUGGACGUAAAGAAGACGUUGCAGUGAGAACAAAAAAGAGGAAGUUUGAGGAUAAAACUAACCAACAGAAUCAAAAUAUCAGUUUACAUGCGAAGAAAAAGGAUAAAAAGAAAAGAGACCCUGUUGGACGAGAUGGAGUAGACAAGCUAGAUAUGCUUAUUGAACAAUACAGAUCCAAAUUCACACACAAUAGUUCUAAUCAAACUGGUAGUAAUCAGCAGGUCUCUAAGCAGCUUAAGAGGUGGUUCCAAUCCUAAGCCAUUCACAAGUUCGUGUAGCUUAAUUUUAUGGUGAUAGUAGUAAGAACAGCUGAGAGUCAUCUUUUUUGGUUUGUAUUUUGUUGUAUUUUCUCCGUAAAAUAUCUCAUUAACAAUUUUAGUUUAAAAUAUGUUAUAACAAUUUUGGUCAAA